AUGACAUCUCCACAGGUAUACCCGUCCAAAAUCAAUUACCGUCCGGGCCGUGUUCAGACCCUCACGCCCGAACACGAGAUUCUCUUGAAGCAGUGCUGGGCAACGUUACUACGGAUAUGGGGAUACGACGUCCAGCUUUCCGAGUCAGACAUCAAAAACAGAGAUGCGUUCGUUGUCUCGCAAAUGGUGCAGAACAUGUGCAGAGAUUCCGAUGCUGCCUCUCUUAAGCUGGAGACCAAGAAGAAACGGGGCUUGUUCUCGAGGAAGCCGGCUGCCAGUGCUCCUGUUAGACCUGUAAGUGACAAAAGGGCGAAGGAACUCCAGAAUGGCUCCAUGGAGAAGUAUGUGACCACCGAUGUGGCUAGCGAGUUAACCCGCAAUGUGUACUUCAACAUAUACAAACAGAACUACGCCAAUUACUUCAUGGACGAGUCGGAGAUAGACUCGGUAGACGUACAGUCCAUCGACACAUUUGUCACUGCCACCACCACGUUCUCGCAAACGCUCACCGACUUGGCGUCUUUGAAGGCCGAUUUCGGUGAGUCGGCAAGCGUAUUUUCGUCCACCACGGCGCUGUCUCGGCCAGGGUUUCGUGGGAAGUAUCGCCAGUACGACCCCCUGGACCUCCACUCGGCUAUGUUUAAGGUCGUCAAGAAUGACUUGGUAGACAACUUCGUGUUGAGAUACAUCCGUGCCCGCAAGUGUAAGUAUGAAGACGCCAUGGCCAUGCUUACCAAAACUCUCAAUUGGCGCCAAAACGAAUGUCCGGUGGAGGAAUGGCUUCUGGAGGGUGACGCGCCCUCCUACGUGGCUGGAACGAACAAAGGCUUCGUGAAGAACUUUACCGUGAGCAAAUCUUUCAUCCGUGGUCAUGACAAAAACAAGAACCCGCUUUUUGUUUUCCAGUCGAAGAAGCACUUUGCUUCAGAUACCACGCAGGCUGAGACUGAGAGAUUUGCCCUUUUGAUCAUCGAGUGGUGUAGAUUGCAUUUGCGGGACGUUAACGAGUCCGUCGACACUUGUUCGUUGGUGUUUGAUCUCAGUGGGUUUUCCUUGAAGAAUGCGGACAAUGCUCCUGUGAAGUUCCUCACCUCGAUGUUCGAGAGUCACUAUCCCGAAAGUUUGGGUAUCGUUGUCGUCCACAAUGCGCCCUGGAUCUUCUCUACCGUCUGGAACGUGAUCAAGAACUGGCUCGACCCUGUUGUUGCAUCAAAGAUCCACUUCACCAAGGGCUUUGAUGACAUCGCCAAGUUCAUUGAUCCAGAGCAUAUUCCAGAGUACUUGGGAGGCAACGACACCGAGGACCUAAGCUACCCAAAGCCCAGCGAAGAACACACCACGCCAAUGAAGACGAGAGACGCUGAGUUUUUGCGUCUUUGCAGUGUGCGCGACGAGCUUUACGUAAGAUUCAUUGAUGCUACGAUUCGUUGGGUCGAAAGCACCAACCCGGAGGUCAGCUCGCAGUAUUUGAAGGAUAAGAUCCAGAUCAGCUACGAGCUCUCCGACAAUUACAUUGCCCUUGAUCCAUACCUCAGAAAUCCUGGCGUUUUCGACCGGAAUGGAUUCUUGAGCUUGAGAAACUAG